AUGCUGUUUGCAAGGAGGUUUUUGGCUGGGCCUGGUCGAUGGUGGUUCAGAGACGAGCCCGAGGUCCAGGACGCCCCGGACGUCCAGGUUUCCAGCGAGGAUGCCUGGGAAGAUGCCGGGAGACAGCGAUCGGAGUCCCAGGUCAGCAGUCUUGACGAGUGGGACUGGGACAUCGUGGAGGCGAUUGAGGAUCAAAGCCGUGAGAAUGCCGUAUUGGCCAUCCUCCCUGGCGAUUUCGCUUCGGAUGCGGCAUUGGAGCCAGAAAGUCCGGCUCGGACACAAGGAUGUGGAUCAAGCUCGUGCUUUUGUUGCCCAAAGGCAAGCAGGGACACUGCCGUAAGAGCAGCCCCGUCCGAGACUGUAGUCCCGGAGAACGUGUAUGUGGAAUUGAAUCCACUUGUGGAGCGAUCGGACGUCUCAGAACCAGACCGGCCACCUUCUCCACACGAGUCUGUUGGCUCCGACGAUGGAGCUGCAGGACUCGCCAGCAACGUGUGCAGCACCGGCAACUUGCCGAUGCACAAGGACCAUCCAGAGCAGGCAGCACCUUUGGCUGGGUUCGCUGCGCACUGUGGAAGGUUUGCAUCGACCACGACCUCACACUGGUGUGGACGCUAUCCAGGCACUGUACCAAGAGGAAGUGAAGAAGAGUUGGCCAGCAAGCUUCAGCGGCAGUUAGCCCGGGCAGAGCAAGAAGGUUGUGUGCUGCAGUCAGGCAGCCGACCCUCUGCAGUGGCCGACGUGCAAGCCACAACGGCUGAUGAGGCCAAGGCAGCACGGCCGAAAUCGAGUGGGACUUGCGUUCAGCUCCUGUACGCUUCCAAGCGUCAUUCCCUUUUCGACUUCCAGGAGCUCGAGGCUGAAGAGAAGGUGCUGGAGUUUGCUGGAUGA